UCCCACGAUCUCCGCUCUCUUCCAUAUCUAGACAUAUUUACUGAGAAACUUAGCGGAAAUCCUCUCUAUCCACAAUGUCGCUCCGACCCAGUACCCGGACGGAGGUGCGGAAGAAGGGUUACAAGACGGGUGUUGAUGCGGACGAGGCGAGGAGGAGGAGGGAGGACAAUCUGGUGGAGAUCAGGAAGAGCAAACGCGAGGACAAUCUCCUCAAGAAGAGGAGAGAAGGGCUAUUGCUUCAGUCGCAGCAGCAACUGGUGAAUUCGUCAACCAACGAUGCUGCUAUUGAAAAGCGGUUGGAAAGCAUUCCGUUGAUGGUACAAGGUGUUUGGUCUGAUGAUCCUGCCUUACAGUUAGAAGCGACUACUCAAUUUAGAAAGUUAUUGUCCAUUGAGCGCAGUCCCCCAAUUGAUGAAGUAAUCAAAGCUGGAGUUGUUCCUCACUUUGUGGAGUUUCUUGCAAGGCAUGAUCUUCCCCAGUUGCAGUUUGAGGCUGCUUGGGCUUUGACUAAUGUUGCAUCUGGCACAUCAGAGCAUACAAGAGUUGUUAUUGACCAUGGUGCUGUUCCAAAAUUUGUUCAGCUACUUAGCUCUAGUAGUGAUGAUGUGAGAGAGCAGGCGGUAUGGGCUUUGGGUAAUGUUGCUGGUGAUUCCCCAACUUGCAGGGAUCUAGUUCUUGGUUGCGGUGCUCUCAUGCCAUUAUUAGCUCAAUUAAAUGAACUUUCAAAACUAUCCAUGCUGAGGAAUGCCACAUGGACUUUAUCUAAUUUCUGCCGAGGCAAGCCACCAACACCAUUUGAACAGGUGAAGCCUGCAUUGCCAAUUCUUCGGGAACUUAUCCACUUGAAUGAUGAAGAAGUUCUGACAGAUGCUUGCUGGGCACUAUCUUAUCUUUCAGAUGGCCCAAAUGACAAAAUUCAGGCUGUGAUUGAAGCAGGGGUCUGUCCACGGCUUGUGGAGCUUCUCAGUCAUCCAUCUCCUACCGUUCUUAUACCUGCUCUUCGGACAGUAGGAAACAUUGUUACUGGUGAUGAUGCCCAGACUCAGUUUGUAAUUGAGAACAAUGUGCUUCCUUAUCUCCAUCAACUUCUUAUUCAAACUCACAAAAAAAGCAUCAAGAAAGAAGCUUGUUGGACAAUCUCAAAUAUCACAGCUGGGAAUAAGGCUCAAAUACAGGCUGUUAUUGAUGCCAAUAUCAUCCAUCCUCUUGUUCACCUUCUUCAACAUGCAGAGUUUGACAUAAAAAAGGAGGCUGCAUGGGCCAUCUCAAAUGCCACCUCUGGAGGAUCUCAUGAGCAGAUUCAGUAUAAUCUCUGUCCUUGCAGAUUUUUGGUGAGCCAGGGUUGCAUUAAGCCACUCUGUGAUCUGCUAAUCUGUCCAGACCCCCGGAUUGUGACUGUGUGCCUUGAGGGACUUGAAAACAUUCUGAAGGUUGGAGAGGCAGACAGGGAAAUGGGAUUGCAUAAUGGAAUCAAUCUCUAUGCUCAGAUGAUCGAUGAGUGUGAAGGGUUAGAUAAGAUUGAGAAUCUGCAGACUCAUGACAACCACGAGAUUUACGAGAAGGCAGUGAAGAUCUUGGAGAGAUACUGGGCUGAAGAGGAGGAGGAACAAAACAUCCAAGAUGGUGGGAAUGAAGUACCCCAAUCUCAUCCAAGAACAGAAGAAGCCCUGCAGGGUACUUUUAACUUUGGAGUUAACCAGCCAAACCUCCCCCCUGGUGGCUUCAAAUUUGGGUGAAAUGGAAAUGAGAAUGCAGCCGGCCUCAAGAGUUUUGUAGGUGUGUUUCUACACUUGUCAGAAAAUGAAAAUUUUGGACUUCUGUUUGUAUUUUGGGAGCCGGUUUUUAACUGUGAUGGGUUUGUUUCAAAGUGUUGAAAGGUUUCAACUUUCAUCCUGCCAUUUUCAUACUUGAUUUGUAUUGAAAAGAAAAAAAUUAGUAAUUC